ACCGCUGCUUGCGCUUGGCAGCCAUGUGCCUUUUGCGGUUGCUAGGAGACGUUCGAGUCUGGUCUCGUUUGAGCCCUGGGGUCUCGGGUUCCCCGCGGUAUAUGCGGGUGGAUGCGUUAACGCAGGAUGUGGUGUUGUUUGAACACCGACGGCCGCGCUUCUUCCGCCUCCUGGGGAUAUUCUGCGGGGCUCAGGUCGGGUUCUGGGCCUACCUCGCACAUUUUGGAUUCACGUCCUUGAGAGACACCAGAGAAAAGAGUCCGCAGGACGGACAAGAGGGACAAGGGAGGAACCUGGGAUCCCCGCUAUGGAGGGCAGGCUUCACCCUGAGCUGCCUGACUGUGGGAUCCCUCAUUAUGGCAGCUGGUCUUCUCUUCUCAAGACGCUCCGUUAGCGCUGUCACCUUACAUAAGGGUGGGGAGCUGGUAACCAUUACCACAGCAUCCCUGCUUGGUACAGGCUCGUCGUUCAGCGUCCCACUGCGUCAUAUUUCCUGUAUGGCUCACAGAUCAGAGGUUCCUGCCAUGAUACCUUUCAAGGUCAAAGGCCGGCCCCUGUACUACUUGCUGGAUAAGAAUGGGCGCAUAACCAACGCAAAACUAUUUGAUAUCACUGUGGGGGCCUAUAGGAAACUGUGAUCUCCUCAUUCUUUAAAUCAUUUGUAUAUAUGUACACAUUUUGUUCAAAUGCAGUUAAAGAUUUUUUAUUAAAUUAAAAGAUUUUGCUUUUCUUGAAUGGGGAAGCAAAAUAUUUUCCUUA